CUGCAUUUUGGUCUCUUCGGAAGGCUCUUGGAAGAAAGGGCAACUACUCAAUGUUUUCGAGUAUCUUGGCUUCCAACACGGCCCUGCUCACUGGUGGGCCCCCAAGAAAUGGUGCAGAUAUAACUUCAUCCUCUUGGGUUCGCAUGAUCAGGCCAGAGCAGGCAAUUUCAGAAGCUUCUGAUGGAGUCGAGUUAACAAAGCCUGUUGAACAUACGAUAGUUGUUCCUCCACCUAGUAUACAUGGAGCCUCAACUUUUGGUGUGGCACAGGAUUUGAUAGACAAAUCAGCCACAGUAGAGAAUGAAAUAUGCAAUAUUAAAGGCAAUACUACUACUGCUACUGCUACUGCUACUAAUAAUAAUGUAAUAAUGACAGAUGUAAUAGAUAUAAAAGAUACAAGAUCAAGCAGCUAUAAUUAUACAGCCAUAAAUAAAAGGAAUAAAGCAGCUUUAGGAGAAAUGGAUACUAAUGCAAACAUUCAGAAUGAAGGUGAGAGAAAGAAUGACAGAUUGGCCUCCAGUGAUAAUGAGGAUGUUAUUUCUCAGGGAGAGACUUGUCGAUCAUUAAAUGAAUUGCUGUCUCAAGUGGCUGAGUUGGAUGAGAUAUAUUCAGACACUCGUGCUCGUAUGUUAAACCAAGGUGUUGCAGAGACUACUGCUCAAGAACGUCUCUCCCCUGAGUUGGACAGUAGUCAUUCUCCGCAGGUCAUUGAUAUGGAUGUUGAAGAUUUGUAUGAUGACGACAAUCAGACUUAUUCUAGCUUACAACUUGCAAUGAAGAAUCCAAUUGAACUUAUAGAUCUAGCAUCUGGACGUUAUGAAGAUGUCAUACCUCAGGGUCUGUCAAAUCAGAAUAACAAGCGUGAUAUCUCUUCAUCAGCAUCUCUUGUUCCCGAGUCUCCCAACUCCAAACUUCCACCUCUACCCCCAAAAAGGAUUCGCAAGAGUCCUCCCACUCCACCAGCAAGGCCUGAUCAUCCAAUCUUCCCUCAGGAACCUGCUUCAAAGCAUGCUCCAGACAAGAACUUGCCUCCGACACCCGAUGGUACGGUUGCAAAGCAGCCAAAACCGAGCUUAUUCCAAAAGCUUUUCUCAAAGAAACCAAAACCUUCGGACAAGAAGGAGCUCGCACUCGCUCCACGGGCAGCUAGCAUGUGUGGGGAGGGAAGUGUGGGUAAUGUAUCAGCUGCUGUUUCCUUACGUCGUGGCAGUGAGCCCGUGCAACAGCUCAGUGCACCACCCCAGGUUCAGGCAGAGCUGACAGAGGCUGAGCACUAUGCUUUGUACACGGAUGUGGCUCCUCAUGCCACAGUCUCCGAGUUUGAUGAGAUGUCCUUCUAUUACAGCCCUGUGGAGGGUGGCAGUAUUGUUAUCCCGGCAGACAGUGCCGUCAGCAGGGGCCGUGAUAUUUUCACAUAGCUUUGCGCCUUGUUUCAGAAUGUUACCUCUUUUUGAAAUGUAUUAAUUGAUUGCUAGUCCAGUGAUACCCAAGUCCUUGGGAUCUGCAUUGAAUAUUUGACAGACACCUUACCUUGCCUUAUUUUGAUCAGUGAAUAAUUUUUCUACAAAGUUUGGCAUAGUUUAGUUUGUUUCUGAUAAUUUUAUAUGGAAAUGUUGAAACGUUUUAUGAUUAACUGGUUUUUAAAGUAAAUAACCAUAGUCUAGUCUGAAAGCAUUGGAGAUUUUUAAAAUGUUAUGUGAAUUUAUAGGAUUACAUGUUACUAUGACAUAUUUGUGGUUUUAUGGUGUUUUAUACUGCUUAUGUGAAUAAUUUUUUAUAAAUGUUGCCUUGUUAGGGGAUUGCAUAAUUAACGUUCUCCACAUUUUGUAUACUGUUGCCCAGAUGUUGAAUUUCUGUUAUUAUCUCAGUUCCAUUUCUUCCUUAGUAACUGGUUUUAAUGUUGUGUUUUCCGAUGUCUUUAUUUAUUUUUGUGUUAUUUAUAGAUCCAAGUGUCUUAAAACGAAAGAGGCACAAAUAUGGAGAGAUGGGUCCUAAUACUUUACAGCAGUUAGAGGACAUGGAAAAGUUGAGUAAGUACCAGCCACUAUUGUGUUACGCUGGGGUUAUUUCUUGAGCUGACUGAUCUGAGAAAAUUGUAGACAAGGGUCUUUUGCGACACUGAUUCAGUGUAUUGUGUGAUACUGCGUUUUGUUGUCACAGAUUUAGAGAGUUGUUAACAGAAGCUGAGGUUUCAUUCAGUUACUAAGGAGCUGAAGGAGAAUUGAUAUGAGUUAUAAUUAUGGGACCAAGUCUUGCCCUCAGCCUUUGUCCUCCAUUUCAACGCUUAGUGAAGUAGGUAAAUGUUUGGAGUUCCCAUUAAUCGUCUGAGAGUGCGCGCACGUCUUCUGAUUUGCUGGUGGUGCGAUCUUAGAACAGCAGAUUCUAGAGAAAUAUAAAAAUGAUUUGAUGACAAAAUUACAGAUUGUGUUGGUGUUAUGUUGUGUUUAUGCAUAAUCCACUGUUCUUUGUGUUAGUGUCUGAUAAUAGGGCUUUGGCAUUACUUGGGAGCAUAAGUUUAUAAAUAUGCUUGAUUAGAUAUUCGGUCAAUUAGAUUAAUAAGAGAGACAGAAAUGUGAGAAAGUCGGGAGUUUUUCUUGCAUUUUAUUGAAAACUGAAAGUGAUGUUUUGCACUGGAAAGUUAUGUGGUUGUUACUGAUUAGAGCAGUCUCAUGGAUAAUGUCAGUUAUUGGCAACGUCAGACUGUUUGCCUUGACUUGUAACACCCAUGCAUGUGUGUUUAUACCAUAUUGCUUCUCCCUGUUUACAUCAACAACAGAAAAAUAAUGAGAAUUACCCUUCAGCAAAAGUUUUGUUGAUACAUUGACAUUUGGCCUUCAUCCUCAGCUUCUGUGUUAGUUUGUUGCCUAUAUGAUUAGUGCCUGGCAGGUCCUGUCGAUGGGUUGGCCAAGCAUGGCAGGUGACAGCAGAUGUGCGAUGUUUUAGUGGUGUUAUUUGCUCUUGUCUACACGUUUUUCAGUCUUGGGUGGUGGCUGGUGUCUUCAGCUUGGAAUGUGUGUUAUUGGAUCAGUCUCCAUUUUGUGAAUAAAUUGUAAAAGAUGACUCAGCUUGUAUGCUGUUCUAUUGCUCAGUCAGGUUACAAUACACACAUUUCAAGUGGCUUAAUUUCUUUCCUCUUGGUCCUGUAUUUGCGGUAUUAUUCUGUGAUGUUUGUUUCAGUACUGGUGAAAUAUUUUCUGCUAUAUGAAUAUAUUUUUGUUGGGAUGUUUACUUAUUGUUAAGUGCCAUUUUAACACAUGAAUGUUACGGCUUAAUGAUGGAGAGUUAAUAUUGAAAGUCUGUUAUAGUUUCUAUGAACUAGUUAGCUGUCUUGUAAAUUGCAUUUGCUGAUAAAACAAAAUAGGGUUGAUAUGGUUUUCUUUUAAUCUAUUUUUUCUUCGUGAUAAUUAAAGUUGUACUUUUGUAUAUGAAA